UUGGUUUUUGGUGUUGUCUUCUGGGGUUGGAGUUGAGUCUGUGUGGUUCUCGUCCAUGCCUGUCGUUGCUCUGCAGGUCACCGGGUGGGAUGUGGUGACUCCGUCGGGCGAGUCUUGUGUUGGCGGAGUGUCUGGUGCUGAUGGGAGCUGCUGCAGCAUCAUGAGUUGCCAUGACGCCGGAGGGCGUCGCCGUUACGAGGACUCGGAGUUCACGCUGCAGGUGUAUCCCGGCGCUCUGUCCGAGGGCACCAUCUACUGCCCGGUCUCUGCGCGGAAGAUCACGUCUGCGGCGGAGGUCAUCGAGCGGGUCAUCGAGCGGCUGCAGCUGGACCGCGCGCGGCUCUAUGUGCUCGCCGAGGUCAAGGAGUUCGGUGGAGAGGAGUGGAUCCUGAACCCCUGCGACUGUCCCGUACAGCGCAUGAUGCUGUGGCCGCGCAUGGCGCUGGAGAACCGGCUGGCCGGAGACGAUUACCGCUUUCUGCUGCGCGAGAAGGACCUGGACGGAUCCAUCCGCUACGGGAACCUGCAGAUGUGGCUGCGCGUGACGGAGGAGCGCCGGCGGAUGGUGGAGCGCGGCCUGCUCCCGCAGCCUCCCGCCGGACAGUACGCCGAUCUGUGUGCGCUGCCGGAUCUAAACGAGCGGACUCUGCUGGAGAACCUGCGCGGACGCUUCCGUCAGGAGAAGAUCUACACGUACGUGGGCGGGAUCCUGAUCGUACUCAAUCCCUUCAAGUUCCUGCCCAUCUAUAAUCCCAAAUACGUCAAGAUGUACGAUAACCACCAGCUGGGGAAGCUGGAGCCGCACGUUUACGCGGUGGCUGACGCGGCGUAUCACGCCAUGCUGCAGCGGAGGAGGAACCAGUGCAUCGUGAUCUCGGGAGAGAGCGGCUCCGGAAAGACGCAGAGCACCAACUUCCUCAUCCACCACCUGACGGCGCUCAGCCAGAAGGGCUUCGCCAGCGGCGUGGAGCAGAUCAUCCUCGGAGCCGGACCCGUGCUGGAGGUAAGGAUGUGCUUCAGAGUGAACAGUGGAAUGAUCAGCUCACCAAGCUGCUGAGAUAUUGCAUUUUGAACGACUUUUUGUUUGGAAUUUAAUAAAAGGGAUGGACGAUAAAGCCAACACUUCUGUCUGAAC